AUGUCGCCUCCAUAUCCUUUCUUGCGCCUAGUCGCAAGCAACGCCCAGUGUCCUCGCAGAUUCAAUCUCCACGUUCCUUGUUACGUGAAGCCAAACGCCUCCGCUCGCCGAACAGGUAUUACAGCUGUGGGAACUGAUAGGGUCGAGGUUUCGGUGGCUGCAGUCCCACGCGAUGGGGCAGCUAAUACCGCAGUGUCGCAUGUUCUCGCAGAGAUCUUCAAUGUCCCAAAAUCGAGUGUGGAGGUCAUUCGAGGCGCGAAGUCCCGAGAGAAAACAUUGUGUAUCGCCGAUCUCGAGAUUGGAGACGACGAAGAAACAUAUUUGCAGCGUGCGACACAGCUACUACAGGCCGCCAUCAAAAUGCGAAAAAGCUAG